GAAGAGGAAGAAGAAGAAGAAGAAAUGGAUGAAGAAGCUAGAUUAAAGGAGCGUAGUGAAAAGAUUGAAAGAUUAAACAAUAGAGACUAUAAAGCAUAUCGCGAUAAUUCUACAAAGAAACCAAGUACAACAGAAAAGAAACUAAGUGCAGCAGAAAAGAAAGAGCUGGAAAUCAAGAAUAAAGUUGCUAGAUCGCUAAAGAGUCAAGCUAAUGGCAGCAACCGUGGAUCACGUGGCAAUAUUCAAAAAGGCCGUGGAAAAAAGAAGAAUAAAAAUGAUUUAAAAGGGGGUGAUAUCUUUUAAUAAAAAUGUGUACAGUG